AUGCCGGGCGCGACAUCCAAAAACUAUGGUCGGUUUUACGGGAAAAACGGAAGCUUUGCUGACGCUCAGGCGUUGUGGUCAGAGUAUAGCACGCAGGAACGAGUCAAUGAAGCUCACGAGUCUAGCAUGGGCCAGCUAGAGACCGAGGUGUUACACGACGAAUCAUUGACUUCUAGCGAUGAUACUGAGAGCGUGGUUCCUGAUGACCUACCCUUGGAGCUUGUGGGCAUAGAGGCUGAUAAACACAAAGAGGACAUUCACCCACUUUACGACCAGUUCCAAUCCGAAAUUGGCAAUCUUGGAGUCUUCCAGGAGAGCUGGGAUGAGCUACAAGCUGCGAAGCAGAAUAUCGACUACAAACUUAGCUUCACACAUCUGACCGAGAAAGUGAGGCUCACCGAAGAAGAGGAAGAUCUUCUCGCCGAGUUCCCUGACGAGGAGUACCGGAUAGCCCAGGACCUUCGGGAGAGCGCGGCCUUGGCUCGUCGCCUAAGGGCUUUGUGUCAGGAAAAGGGUGUUCUAGGACAGCACCUCAGUUUCAACAUGACGUAUCUCCUUCACAAGUUCUUUCCUUGUGACAAAGAUAACCCGGAGCUCGGAGAGGACUUAGACCUCUUGGAGAAACCGGAAGACACAUCCUCUACUCUCGCCCGGCCGCUGUUCCCACGCCUACUGUCCCAGUCCGCUCAUCUUUUUGGUGAUUUUCCAGUUCUCCCUGAGCAACAAUUAGCCCGGGUUCAAGACUUACCGGAGAAUGAUGAGCACAAGCCUACCCUUGUGCAGAUAGCACAGGAAGAAGUAUUCCUCGACCGCAUCUUCACCGACUGCAAUUGGAAAGAACCACGCAAUUUUGUAGACCGUUGGCUUUUCCAUCAGCUGAGGUCUUCCUCGCAUGUGGCGCUCACUGCGUUCAAUACUUUCGAAGAUACCGCAGACUCUAUCGACUUGGUACAUUGGCAGGAACGCAUUCUCGACACGUGGUGGGAUGCAAGUUUGCCUAUAAGUCCACCUCAGGAUGACUCGAGCAUUGGACAAGGCGAUUUAUCACAACCCAACUCCACUAUAUAUGCCCAAGAGGUUUACUCGAUGGACAACGUGGUCUUACGCAUGCUAAAAGCAGUAUGA